AUGAGGAGUGAGGCUGUAUGGCAUCAAUGGCUCCGUGUCAAAUAUGUGUUCUUUGGUCAACGCUACCAUGGCCUUCCUAACGGUCAAACCGAGAAGGCAGGUGCUAACUUACCAAAUCGGAUAGAAGGCCAGAAAACGGCCAGGUGGGAUACCGAAGCAGAUGUUAUUGAACGAGAGCCAUCAAGCCUCCAAAAGCCACGCUGGAUUAAUGGCGUUCUUCUCUGUGCUAAGGCGUCUACCGUUCUGCUCCUGCUGAAUAUUAUCUUCAUUGCCGUGGCUGCUGGACUAUCUAGCAGAAAUGCAGAGAACAGUGCAUUCUCCAGCGCUCAAAUAGUGUACCAGGGCAGCUGCGUUCUGUCCAAACGAUGGAACAUCGCCCUGCACUUGAUAAUCAACAUACUUAGUACUGGAAUUCUGGGUGCUAGCAACUACUGUAUGCAGUCACUAGUCGCGCCGAGUCGGGAGGAGAUUGACAAAUACCACGCGCGAGGUCGAUGGCUUGACAUAGGGUGCUCGAGUGUGAGGAAUCUUUUCCUUAUUGGACGGUCUCGGCUCGCCCUGUGGCUGGUGUUACUUGUCACGGCGACACCUUUUCAUUUGUUGUACAACGCGAUAAUUUUUGAAUCUGUAGCCAUAAACGAACUAGAUUUUGUUGUGGGACCUGGGGAUUUAAAUUCUUCCAACAUCGCGACCUUGAAGACUCCUACCCUUGAUCAGUGCUUUAGCAUAACUCCGAGGUAUCCUGGUGGUGAUGCUGCUGUAUAUCGGGGUGCCAAUGUUGAUACCGAUGAUAUCAGCGACUCAUAUUGGUCAAAUAUUUCGGCUGAUGGGUAUUCAGAGGGUGAAAUGAAAUGGCACGACUUUGCCUCUGACAUUGGGCGGGGAGAUUAUGAGCGCCUAGAUGUUCAGCAAUGUUUCAAUCUUUACAGUUUUGGAAGCAAUGGGGGAGCAAGGGUGGUCGUCGUGCUCACGAACGAAUUGUCUGCGAGUCAAGGUGGGAAUACCGCGAUACUCUCGACAACCGUAUCAGGCAGCCUAGCCGAGAGCGAUACGAGACUUACUCAUCAAGUAAAGGGCUUCGAGUUCGCUGGCAAGACUUUGAUGAUCAAUAUCCUUAACUCUGGUCGAGCCCAUUACUACACGAACCAAAAUUUCACGCAGAAAGCCUGUCUUGAUAGCCUGGAUAUCACUUCCUGCUCGGAUGCCAACGAUCUGUUCAACUGGUUGAAGCUCGAUGCGGAUCAGCCGACUGUUGAGAGAGUGAAUCAAUAUAUCCAAGCUAACACCACAUCUGAUAUUGUGGCCAGUGGCUAUGUCAUUACUUGCGAUGAUACAUCCAUGAAUAAGUCAAAGAGAUACAGCAUCGAUGGAUGUCUUGUGAUCAAAUCAAAAGAGCGAUGUCAGCUGCUCUAUAGUCCUCCGAUUUGCAUUAUUAUUGCUCUUACGACUUUCCUAAAAGUCAUCGCAAUGUUUCUGGCAGCAAGAAUAAGUCGUCACCGAUCGGCACCUUUGCUCACAGUGGGCGAUGCUGUAGCAUCCUUUAUGGAGAAGCCAGAUUCUACCACAGAGGGAAUUUGUUGGUUAUCUAAUGCUGAUGUCCGUCGUGGGGCAUGGAAGGUACCUCAGAAGUCAGAAGACCCUGCUGGAGAGCCCUUGGCACGGGUCGGUGAGCGAGAGCCGAAAGUAUACAAGCGGUUAUCGCGACGCAAGCGCUGGAUGCAAGCCUCGAGUCUUUCACGCUGGAUAACGACCCUCGUCUUAUGCAUAGCAUGUAUUGCCGUGGGAGCCUUCCUCUUCGAGCAAGCUAUCAUCCCACUAGGAACUCCUUGGUUGACGACCAGCACGCUCCAUAGCCUGUGGAACGAAGCGUUCUCUGACGCCAUUGGGUACACUCGAUUUGUCGAUCUAAAAAGGAGUUUGUCUACUUUAAGCUCUGUGGUUAUAGCCAAUAUACCACAACUAGUCAUCACAGUCAGCUAUUUCUUCUACAACAGCGUUCUGACCAGCAUGCUCGCGACUGCCGAAUACAGCUCCUACGGGGAAAGUUCGAAGCCCCUUCGAGUGACAUGGCCCGUUAAAGACAGUGAGCAGCAGUCAACGUACUGGUUAUCUAUGCCCUAUCAGUACGGAGUCCCUCUAAUGGUAAUCUAUAUGGUCCUCCAUUGGUUGAUUUCGCAGAGUGUCUUUUAUGUUCGCAUAAUAGCCUAUGACUGGAUCGACCGACCAAUAUAUCAGUACUCGGUCAGUUCCAUGGGCUACAACUCCCUGGCUAUCUUUGUUUCUAUUCUGGUGGGUGGUUUCAUGGUCUGUUUGUUGCUCGGAUUAUCUUUCAGAAGGUUCAAGUCUGAAAUGCCGCUGGCGGGGGCUUGUAGUGCUGCGAUUAGUGCUGCAUGCCAUGUGCCUAGAGACGAAGAUUUAAACAAUGCCGUUAGAGGGCCGGUGAUGUGGGGUGAAACUUUAGCAUCGCCACCCUGGUCAGUAAAUUUUGGUGGAAUCGAGGAUGGCAACGGACAUUGUAGUUUUACAUCUUUGGAGACAGUGAGGCCUUCGUUGAGCAAGAUGUAUGCUUAG